GAGGAUUCCUGGGAACGGAGAAUAUUCAACUCUGGGAAACAGGAAUCGAGGCACCAGAUUCUACUUUAGCGAAAAGAAGAUACAAACGUUUUCUCUUCUUUGUAGUAUCUGUCCCCUCCACUCCCUCACACUUGCCCUUUUUAAUCCGUGUCAAGCUGUUAAAUACCCAAACAAGCCCUGUUGCUUUCUGUCUUUCAUCACUACCUCUAUACAUAUACAACUCCAAUAUUACUACUAGCAUAAUUGCGCCGGUUUCCCUUUCUAACAAAACUAGAAAUAGAGAAGCUGAUCCACGCCACCCCCAUGGCCAUUUCAGCUCCUCCCCCAAACCCCGUACCCGUCGCAUACCAAGGCGGCACAUCGGCGGCAGUUCCCGACUGGUUAAACAAGGGAGACAACGCAUGGCAAAUGAUAUCGGCAACACUCGUGGGUCUUCAAAGCGUGCCGGGACUUGUAAUUCUUUAUGGCAGCAUAGUAAAGAAGAAAUGGGCUGUGAAUUCGGCUUUCAUGGCCUUAUACGCCUUCGCUGCAGUGGUCAUCUGCUGGGUGGUUUGGGCUUACAAGAUGUCGUUCGGAGACAAGCUGUUGCCCUUCUGGGGAAAAGCUGGACCUGCCUUGGGCCAGAAGUUUUUGAUCAAACAGGCUGAACUGCCAGAGACCACUCAGUAUUACGAUAAUGGAGGUGUGGAAACGACCAUGGCUACACCUUACUAUCCAAUGGCUUCGAUGGUGUGGUUUCAGUGUGUAUUUGCAGCAAUAACAGUUAUUUUGCUGGCGGGAUCGGUGCUUGGGAGGAUGAACAUAAAGGCUUGGAUGGCAUUUGUGCCACUGUGGCUGACCUUCUCUUACACUGUGGGGGCUUUUAGCUUGUGGGGUGGAGGGUUCUUGUUUCACUGGGGUGUUAUCGACUAUUCUGGUGGUUAUGUUAUUCAUCUUUCUUCUGGAAUUGCUGGAUUGACUACUGCUUUUUGGGUAGGACCAAGAUCAACAAAGGACAGAGAGAGAUUUCCACCAAAUAAUGUACUGCUGAUGCUAGCAGGGGCAGGGUUACUGUGGAUGGGAUGGGCAGGAUUCAAUGGUGGAGAUCCUUAUUCUGCGAAUAUUGACUCUUCAAUGGCCGUCCUUAACACUAACAUCUGCGCAGCUACAAGCCUUCUGGUUUGGACUUGGCUUGAUGUUAUUUUCUUCAAGAAACCUUCUGUAAUCGGCGCUGUUCAAGGCAUGAUCACCGGCCUUGUUUGUAUUACUCCUGGUGCAGGUCUUGUGCAAGGAUGGGCAGCAAUAGUGAUGGGAAUAUUAUCAGGUAGUGUUCCAUGGUUCACAAUGAUGAUUGUACACAAAAGAUGGACGCUUCUCCAAAAAAUAGAUGACACCCUAGGUGUCUUUCACACCCAUGCCGUUGCUGGACUUUUAGGCGGUGCUUUGACUGGCCUUUUUGCCGAGCCCACAUUAUGUUCCCUUUUUUUACCUGUUGCAAAUUCUAGAGGUGGCGUUUAUGGUGGCUCCGGUGGAGUUCAAUUCCUCAAACAACUAGCUGGCGGUGCAUUCAUCAUUGGGUGGAAUUUGGUUAUCACCUCAAUCAUUUGUGUGGUGAUAAAUUUGGUAAUCCCAUUGCGUAUGUCGGAGGAGCAGCUGUUGAUAGGAGAUGAUGCCGUGCACGGCGAAGAGGCUUAUGCAUUAUGGGGCGAUGGUGAAACAUAUGACUCCACCAAGCAUGGUAUGUACUCCGAUGAUACCAUCCAUAAGACAUCUACUGGUGCUACGCAAGUUGUUUAAUUACCUAAAAAUUAUAUUGGGGAGUGUAAAGGAUCAUGUUACGUAAUAAUAGUUGCUUUUCAAGCCAAAUUGAAAGCAACUUUAUAUAUAUAUAUAAUGUAAAUCUGUCUUUCUUGGACGUGUGUACAAGUAUUGAUUGAACUUAAUUCAACUGUGCUUUUUUUCUCCCAA